CAGUUAUAUAUACUUUCCCAUAAGCCCACAAAAUACACAGAUUGAUACUGUUUCAAAGAUUUAAAUUUUCAAAUGUUAGAAAUCGCGUGUGUGAAGAGUCGAAAAUGAUUUUUUUAUAUGAAAUUGAUGACUUCACUUUUUGAAAAGAAAGCAGUUGAUUUGUGAUCGCAAAUGACUUAUCCUUGACAGUGACAAUGUGUAUUGCCAUGUUGUACAAACGUGCUACACAGCUGACUGCGUGAAAGAUAAUUGAAUACGACAGAUUUUCUAUUUAUUUAUGAAAGAAAGAAAAAGCAAGCCAGUGCACAAUGUCUAUGAUGUAAGCUGACUCAUAUCUCACAGAUAGUGUCUUCAAUAUUACCUCCUCUCACCAUAUCUUCGCACCGUUCCACGCAUGUGUGUUAAUGCGCGGGUUGUGAGGUCAUACACCCACCUUCACAGGUGGUUCGUUUUUCAUUCAAACCGUACAGAAUAUUGCAAGACGGAGGCGCGAGGAACUCUUGAGAAACACCCGGUCAAUUUCAGUUCUUUUUACACGAUGAUCAUGAGGACGUUGUUCGAGAUCUAUUCUGUGUUAUUGGUGCUUGUAUUCACGGUCAUUGCCAUUGAUGGCAAUUACACAGAUAUUAAUCUACCGCACGAGCAUAUCAAGUAUUAUUUCAACUCUUUUCCCACGGUAGCAGAAAAAUGCCGCAAUGAUGUGACGUGUCCAUAUAAGGAUAGUCUUGAUAUUAAAGCUUGUUGGGGCUAUGAGGAAGAUUGUAAAAGGAAACAUUCGUUUUCCGUUCCGUUUUGCCCAGGUGAUCAUAAAGGAUGGGUAGCAACAAAAAAGGCUCAAUUGGAUACAUAUUACGCACAAGGUGAUUUCGGAUAUGUACGCGAUCAGAGAAAGGAGAUGAUGCUAUUAUGUGAACCAUUAUUUGUAGAUGACUCAUCCUUGGAGUGUUCAGAGCAUAUGAGAUUUUGUAGAGCGAGAAACGUGAUGCUAAAUUUCACAGAUUUACUAAAUCGAAAAGAACCUAUACGAUACAAAAUGGACGUGCUAAAAGAAGGUCAAAUUGGCGGUUACUGCACGCUGAACGAAAAAAGGUUACAAGAAAACGCGGAUCAUAUCAGCCCGCUGCAGUCUUGGGGACCAGAAUUACGAAACUUUCAAAAAUUAUCUCACCGGCCGAUCGUUCACGGCGAUUGUGAUGUCGUCAUUGAAAAACCGACUUUUAUCAUGAAAAUAGAUGCCAUAGUAAACAUGUAUCAUCAUUUUUGCGACUUCUUCAACUUGUAUGCAUCAUUGCACGUGAAUCUUUCGCACCCAUCUGCCUUCGACACAGACAAUCACAUUAUGAUUUGGGAAAGUUAUAGCUAUCGAUCGGCGUUUCAAGAUACCUUCGAAGCAUUUACAAGAAAUCCACUGUGGGACCUAAAAACGUUUCGAGGCGAGACAGUUUGCUUCAGAAACUUGGUGUUUCCUCUACUACCUCGAAUGAUAUUCGGUCUUUUUUAUAACACACCACUUAUUUAUGGCUGUGAAAAAUCUGGAUUGUUCAAAGCCUUUGGCGAUCAUGUGCUGCAUCGACUUCAAAUUCCUCUUCAUCAAAGAAAAGAUCGAAAGAUUCGCGUAACAUUGCUGAGCAGAGACACUCAAUACCGAAAGAUUUUAAAUGAAAAUGAAUUGGUAAAAGCUUUGAAGGAAAAUCCAGAAUAUAAAGUUAAAAGGGUGGUGUAUAAUAAAAAUGUGCCAUUUAAAAAGCAGUUGGAAAUUACUAGAAAUUCCGAUAUUUUUAUCGGUAUUCAUGGUGCAGGCUUAACGCAUUUAAUGUUUCUCCCAGAUUGGGCAGCGGUAUUUGAAAUAUAUAAUUGCGAAGAUCCUAAUUGUUACAAAGAUCUAGCACGAUUGAGAGGUGUGAAAUAUUUUACAUGGCAGGAUACGUCGAAAUUAGUGCAACAAGAUCCGGGGACACAUCCUGAUGGCGGAGCUCAUGCUAAGUUUACAAAUUACAGCUUCGAUGUUAAAGAAUUUCUCAGAAUCGUUUCACUUGCAAGAAAUCACGUAAAGCACCAUAAUGCAUUUAAGAAAUUUAAUAAUUCACAUAACAAAAUACAAAAUGAUACUAGGACAACGGAUAUCAAAGAACCGAUACAACCUUCCAAUACUAAAGAACCAAUACAACUACAAAAAUCAGAUAUAUUAUCCAAAGAUGAAUUAUGACCAAGAUUCUUAGGCACUAAAUUAAGAAAAUGAGACAUGACAACAGUACAUGAUCUAAACUGUGUUUGUUGAUCAAAUUUCUUUAUACACUUAUUUUUAUACUAAUGUACAUACUUUAUUUUAAUAAAUAAAAUAAUAAAUGUACGAUAAAUCUCGAUAUGUCUGCGUUACACUUGGCAGUACUUUCUCUUAGAUAUUAAUUUAUAAUAUUAAAAUAUUUACAUAUAUGAUAUCUGUACAUAAUAUUUAAUUACAUUAUCUAUUUGGAUAAUGCAAACUUCUUAUAUAGCAGAAAAUAAAGUUGUUGAUAAAAUCUG